ACCUCUUCUAUAGGGAAGACCGGAGAAAAGCGCUCCUGAAAAGGGAAAUGUCUAACAGAUGAUUGGCCUCGUGCCCGCCCGCUCCACUUCUACUGCGCGCUCCCGGCGCAAGUUAAACGCAGCUCCUCUGCUCUGACCAAAACCAGACGCGCACACAAACACACACGCAAACCGCCGAGAAGGUACUGCUGCUGGGACGAGACUGAUCCGGAGCAAAAAAUCUGCUGCUGUUUUCUGUUUGUUUCGAGGAAUGGGGCGACGUUGCUCGUGUCCACUGACGUUAACGAGUCCCGUUGAAAAGAAACGCAGCGACGUCGCACCGUCUGCCGGUGAGGUCACUGAGGCACAAAGCGACGCGACCUGUGCGGACACGCAGCCGAGAUUCCGUCACAUCACAGCGGCUUUGUUCACACCGUGACUGACUGACUGACUGCUCGUCUUUGGAUGAUACUUUCCCUGUCGAAACCCUAUCGAUUUCUCCAAGUCGGCGAGGCUCGCGCUGAUGGAUCGUGGAUAAGUAGUUAUUGAUGAAGCCAGCGGGACCACAGGAGCGGAACGAGAGGGAAAACAGAGAGCGACACGACUGAUUGCGCUUCACAUAUAAACAACACAUCUCUGAUUUAGUCAACUCCUGAGGUAAAGAACUAAGGUGAAACCAUGGCUCUGGUCUUAUCAAUGAACCCCUUUUGUGAGCCUGAGACUGAAUCCCCGCCACCAAUCUUUCAACCGAUCUGGGAAUCUGAACACUGCAGUAAAAGCUGUGUCUCCAACCCUUCACCACCAGGGGGCGAAACCCAAGGGCUCGUAGAAGAGCCUCAUUACAGACGAGCUCCUGAUCAUGUGAUGGAUCGUGUGGCCGUGUCACGGAUUUCUUAUUUCAAGAGGAAGUUUGUGGAGGAUGAAGAACCUGUGCUGAGCUUCAGGAGUUACUGUCACACUCAGGUGUCACCAGUCCUGGAGGAGCGUGCUCACAUUCUCCGUCUCUCUCUGGAGAAGCUGCGUUUUAUGGAUGACCCCGAGUCCUUCUUACGGCGAUCCGUGCUCAUCAACAACCUUCUCCGGCGUCUCAGAAACGAAAUCCUCCUCCAGAGCGACUGGUGCUUUCCGUCAGGUCCGACAACCACACCAUUCCCCCUCCAAACCCCAGCCACAAAUACACCUCUCUCCCCUCCUGCCCUGCAGCCCUGCAUGACGCCACCGGGGUCAUACCGGAAACGACUACGUCUGAUGAGGAAGGAAGGGCCCGAGUGUGUCCCUGCCUGCUGCUGUCUAUACGCAGCCGGACGUUACCUCCAGCUCCCCCUGUCUGUGUAUGAACGGGAGGUGUACUCCAACUCUCACCCUUCAUCAUCAACAUCUUCAUCAUCUUCAUCAUCGUCAUCAUUAGUUCGAUUUCCACAGCUGAUGGAGGAGGAGGAUGAGGAAGAGGAGGACAGUGAUGACGAAGAGGAGGAGGAGGUGUGUCCCGUGUUGGCCAUGUGCCAAGCUGAAACCAGAGAGCAGAACAGGACAUGGGACAGUCUCCGGUCGCAGAGCCACAGGGAUGACAAAAUCCUAGAGAAAGAGAGAGAAAAGGGGAAAGAGAGGGUCAAAGGAGGCGAGGUUUCACAGCGAUGGCUUUCAGACACUAUAGGUACUAGACAUCAUGGAACACUAGCAAGGGCUCACAUAAGAGGAAAAUAACAACUGAGCACUUGCUGUGGAAACAAUGGAAGAAACUGGUUUCCUGCAGCCUAAUAGAUCAGUUCCACGAAGCAGAAUAUCAAUUGUUAAUAGUUUUGAAUUUUUAGGUACUUUUUGUACCAACAAGGACUGAAUUUACAUAUGCGACCCUUGACCACAAACCCAGUCAUAUGUGUCCAUAUUUACAAAGCUUUCUAUUGAUGUAUACCAGAGAUGCCAAACUAUAGCCCGGGGGCCAAAGUUGGCCCAUGGUAACCUUUAAUGUGGCCCUCCAUCCCGUCUGAGAAGAGAGGAAAAAUAAUGGGAAGGAUUGGAGCAAAUGCCUUUAACAGAGAUCGUAAUUUCUAAUUUAACAUAACCUUUUUGGUUUGUUUCAUUGCUGAGCUACGAAAAAGCAAACUGAAAUUAAAUGUUUAAAUGACGUGUUUGUAAAUUAAUUAGAUUUUUUUAAAAUACAAAAAUAUUGUCAUUCGACAGAUAGAGGACAAUGCAGAAGACAUCGGUGAGCAAAUCAAGGCAAAAACAGGAGCAGCUUGACUAGUGUCACCCCAUUCUGAUAUAAAUGAGAUGUUAUGAAAUGUUUUUAACUGUAAUAUGUUCAUUAUAAAAUUAAAAGAUAUACUCUGCAUCAGGUAAUAUCAAGCAAUGUUUUCUAGUUAUUUAUAUAUAUUAAAUAAAUUUGGAAAUGACCCAUGGCAAAUUUAAUGGAAUAGAGUUUGGUAUAUUUACCUUCGACCAAACACACUCAAUCAAGUUUGGUUUUUGGCCCUUCAAAAGAAAGUUUGGGCACCCCUAAUGAAUACUUUGUUGGAAUAGGACAAUAUUUGGUAGAGAUACACCUAUUUGAAAAUCUAGAAUCUCAGGGUUAAAAAACAAUCUAAAUACUAGGGCUGGGUGAUUAAUCAACAUUCAGAAGCUAUUAUCAAUAGAACUUCUCCAGGUCGAUUUUUUUCGAUUACUUUCCCUACCCUUACUUUCAGAAACAUUGAAAAUAAUUUAUUUUGUUUCCAAAAGUGCAGGUUAUUUAUUUUCACUUUUUAUAAGAAAAAAGUGACUGCUCGUUUUAGGCAAUGUGUGUUAAUUUCAGUUGUUCAACGUUGAUGUUCAAUAAAUAAUCAUAGAUAGUAGAUAGUGUGUGUUUCCUUCAAUUAUUUUAAAAUCAAGUAAUGAACCCUUCAUUCAAAAAUCUCUCUUUUAAUGUAACAUGUGAGCAUAUUUAUGUAUAAAACCUGUCAGUGAACUAUGAGGGCAAAAAAAUUAAAUAAAUCAAUAAAAUAAUUGUUCAUUAAUCACAAUCAAGUUAAAAAGUUCAAUUAAUCGAGAUUUCGAUUUUAGCCCAACCCUACAUAAAUACUGAGAAAAUCACAUUUAAAGAUGUCCAUAUUAAAUUCUCAGCAUUGCAUAUUACUAAUAAUAAUAUACCUACAGUAAAAAAAAUUACCAAAUAUCUUCAUGCAACAUGAUCCUUAUUUAACAUUCUAAUGAAUAUUGUCAUAAAAAAAAUCAAUAAAUCUAUCAUUUUGACCCAUACAAUGUGUUUUGGCUAAUGCCAAAAAUAUACCAGCGCAACAGAAGACUGGUUUUGUGGUCCAGGGUCACAUAUUGCUCGUCUCAAAAAUGACCACACUGUGCCUUAAAUGCUCUUGUAUAAUCUUGCAGUGUUUGUGGAUAUUUAUGACUGAUGUAAUCCACAACGAUGGGCACCAUGUAAAGUGACAAAGAGAGAUUCAAACUCAUUCAGAAUUUGUUUUAAAAAAUUUGUAAUAUUACACUGGCUCACACUUUACAAUAAUCUUCCAUUAAUGUUAGUUGUGUCCUACAGGAAUCCUACAUGUAUUUACUAACGUGAAAUAAGAAUAAGCAAUAUUUGAUAUGCACAGCAUUUAUAUAGUUCAACAUUUACUGCAUUAAUCCAUAGUUGUGCUUUUCAACAUUUCAUGUACGGUGAGUUAACAAAAAACUAACAACGAACAACUUUAUUUUCAGUAAUGUUAACGAAGAUGAAUGUUCAUUGUUUGUUGUAUGUUGAUAACUAACAUUAAUGGAACCUUAUUGUAAAGUGUUACCAUAAAAUAUCUGAAAUUGACUUUUGUUAAUAUCAUAAGCACUUGUCUUGAAAAAUGCAUGCCAUGACGAUCAUCACAUUCACAUGCAGUGGUUUUUACCAGUAAUGCAUGAGGCCCAGAAUGAGGCGUUAAAUAAUGUUUAAAACAAUCUUGUUCUCUUUAGCACCCUUAGCAUUUCAUGCGUUCACAUAUUUAAGAAAAAAAAAACUCUUAAGUGGCUCUAUCACAGACGAAGAUACCUCAGUGUCCAUGUUAAUCUGUUGUCUUGGGGGGCUUCACUAAUUCAAGUGAUUCUUGGUACAAAUUAGAAAAUGAUUCACUACCAAAGCUUUUUUUUUCUUGCAGUUCUUAAUUUUAUAUCAGCUGUUUAUGCAUUAUUUUCUACAUUUCUUUUAUUAUUUCUAAAAGCACAUAACGAGAGACCCUCAAACAAAAGCAGAACUUAUAGAGGCAACAAUGCUGGUAGGAAAUGAAAUCAAAUUUUAAACAUUGUUCGGGUUUGAAUGUGUGUGCGUGUUUUCGUGAAAUGUGUUAAGAAUAAAGGAAUGAUCCCGAGCUC